AUGGCAUCCCAACUUGAGAACCCAACUGUCCUACUUCUCUCGUUGCCGCCCAAGACUUUCAUUGGUUUAGACCUGUUGUCGUUCAACUCGUCGCCCAAUUUUCAGGGCAUCACGAAUAUUCCCGUUGGCCUGCACUUCCUGUACACAGGCACCGAUGCAUCGCUCUCGAUCCGGCACGGCCGGUGGCUGAAUGUAAGAAGGCAGUGUCUUGUUCUGCAAUGGAACAGUGCGACCGAGAACCUCGACCUGCUCGAGCCCGACAGCCAGACUGCGCAGAGUGCGAUCCGCUCAGUCUCGCGGCGGGGCCUUGUCGAUUACACUGCCCUACAAGACGCAACAUCUGAUCUGUCCUCGCAGCAGCAGUCUGAGCAAGACGAUCCGACCUCGCAACAGCAUGAUGACCACCGCGCCGAAAGCACAGAUUGGCCCUCACUCACGUCCCAUCUGACGUCCUCGCUACUCACACGACUGCUCUCCCCAGCAUGGAUCAUAUCGUCAAUAUCCACGGCUCCAGCCGAUACAGAGCAUAUACCCGGCUUGUCGCAUCUGGAAACCGACAAUGCGCUGCGCCAGUCACCGCUAGAUCUGCUGCCGAUCAAUCUGAAGCAAACAUGGUCGGAAGGAGACAUUGGGCGCACGAGGACGGAUAGAGCAAGGGACCGCAGUUGGUAUCUGGAGCAACUGGUCGACAAUGUCACUCCAUCUGGCGCAGACCGGACGGUGGGAGCGAAGCAGGUGCUUGGGGAGUUACAAUUCUGUUUCCUUAUGGUUCUUACGCUGGCGAACUACAGUUGCUUAGAGCAGUGGAAGAGGCUGCUCACGGUGAUGUUCACGUGCCGAACAGCUUUGAUCGAAAUAGAGGCCUACUUUGUCGAGGCGGUGAAGGUGCUGAGGAUGCAGGCGAGGCAUAUCGAAGAUGUCGAUGGAGGACUGUUCGAAAUGAGGGAUGAAAGUGCGAGUUCGUGGUUGCGAUCAGUAUGGGGCAAGUUCAGGGCUUUGGUCGAUGAAACGUUCACAGAAGAUACAAGCGGAGGGCAAGCCCUGAAAGCUGAGAUUGAAGCUCUGCAAAAGUUCUUCGAAGAGAAAUAUGGCUGGCAAAGCGAACGAGACACACUGCGACGGGGAAUGCUGGAGUUGGAGGACGGCGAACGGAUCGAAGUCAGUAUGCAAGGAGUCGAUGAGGACGAAGAAAAAGGGGAAUAUGCGCCUCUCAUCGUAGACACCUGA